CUAGCAUGGCGCUCAGGCAACUUACCCCUGUCCGCCUCUCUUUUCUUUACAUGUUCGACUAUGAUCUGAGCAAAUAUUAAACUUCCUUUGGACACUACCUAAUCUUUUACUUCAGGAAUACAUUUGGAAAGUCAUCGGGAGUGUUGUUUUAUUAUUUAAGGACGUGGCAAAACGAACCAAGGCAGCGCUGCUAACUUGUAAGGUUAGCAAGAAUAGGGAGAUACGGGGCGGUAGGAGAGGAGGAGUCCUGUUUUGGGAAAGGGCCAAUGCAGAGGUCAUGGCCAUAACCGCGGCAUGGGAGUGACGUGAUGGCCCUGUGGCUGCCUCCAAACAAAACCUGUUACCAGCGUCCUGCCCUCCUGCUCAGCUAGAGGCAGAACUUGGAGGAUGGACGAGUCGGUUUUGUUGGAUCUUCUUGAGUGCCCUGUUUGCCUGGAGCGCCUAGAUGCCACGGCAAAGGUCCUGCCCUGUCAGCACACCUUCUGCCGUCGCUGUUUGCAAGGCAUUGUGGGAUCACGGGGCGAGCUGCGGUGCCCAGAGUGCAGGACUUUAGUGGAGUGUGCCGUGGAUGAGCUCCCAAGUAACAUCCUACUGGUCAGACUUCUGGACGGCAUUAAGCAGAGGCCGCGGAGAGCUGGGCCGGGGGCAGGAGCCUGUACAAAUGGGACGUCCGGGGCGGUUGCCAGGGCGCACAGCAGUGGCAGCCGAGAGCAGGGCACCCCAGGGGCUCAGCCGCAGCGAACCCAGGCCAAGAGCUCCGUCGUCAGGGGUGUACCUCAGCUCCCAUGUGCAAAAGCUCUUUACAACUACGAUGGCAAGGAACCAGGCGACCUCAAGUUCAGCAAGGGGGACAUCAUCAUUCUGCGACGCCAGGUGGAUGAGAAUUGGUUUCAUGGCGAAAUGGGGGGAGUCCACGGGUUCUUCCCAACCAACUUUGUCCAGGUCAUCAAGCCGCUGCCGCAACCUCCACCUCAGUGCAAAGCUCUGUACGAUUUUGAGCUCAAAGACAAAGAAGCGGAUAAAGAUUGUCUGCCAUUUUCUAAGGACGAUAUCCUGACGGUGAUCCGCAGAGUUGAUGAAAACUGGGCAGAGGGAAUGCUGGGAGAUAAAAUUGGAAUUUUCCCCAUCUCAUACGUUGAGUUCAACUCAGCAGCGCGGCAGCUGAUCGAGCUGGACAAACCGGACUCCAGCGGGGACUCUGGAGAAGGAGCCUCAUCCGGGCCCCAGACCAACGGGGCCCCACGGGACAAGAAGAACAGCAAGAAGCGACAUUCCUUCACCUCUCUGACCAUGUCCCACAAGCCCAUGCUGGCCCCGCCCCCCCAGAGGCACUCCAUGGAGAUCAGCGGGCCAGUCCUCAUCAGCUCCAGUAACCCCACGGCGGCGGCCCGAAUCGGGGAGAUCACCGGAGGGCUGUCCUGCAGUGCGCCGUCACAGGUUCACAUUUGCACGACUGGCCUCAUCGUGACCCCACCCCCAAGCAGUCCUGUCACCACGGCAACAGUCUUUACAUUUCCAUCAGAGACGAGUUACACAUCCAUCCCAGUGGAUGCUCUGCCACCUCCGCCCCCUCCGCCCCCACAGUCGUCUGCCGGAGCUGCCUACUCAUUGGCCACUGGACAGAGGCCCUCCCCCAGCACCAGCGACCAGAGCGGGAGACAAAGACCCACAGUAUAUGUGGCCAUGUUUCCGUACACGCCUCGUAAAGAGGACGAGCUGGAGCUGAGAAAGGGGGAGAUGUUUCUGGUUUUGGAGCGCUGUCAGGAUGGCUGGUUCAAAGGCACUUCCAUGCACACAGGGAAGAUCGGAGUCUUCCCUGGAAACUACAUGAGCCCCGUCAGCAGGACGGCAUCCAGCAGCACACAACCCAAAGUGCCCCUGGCUCUGUGCACUCAAGCUGGAAGAGGAGUCACCAUCGUCAGCCCUUCUCCUGCUCCUCUGGGGACAAUCGUCACUGGUCCUGACUUUACCAAACCGCUGGUCGUGUGCACUAGCUCUGCCCCCCCUGCUCCCCAGCCAGCGCUCAUCGUCACCUCAUCCCAAACGGCCACGGGACAGCAGCCCAAACUCCCCAUGCACGUCACCUCGCAGAUGACUGUGAACCAGGCUCGCAACGCUGUCCGCACAGCUGCUGCUCACAGUCAGGACCGGCCCACCGCAGCCGUGACCCCGAUCCAGUCCGGGGCGUCCGUAGCGUUCCUCCCUCACCUCACCAUGUGCGCCCCGCCCUCCUCUCUCCCCUCUCCUCUGGGCUGCUCUAGGGCUGGCUUGGCUAUGGGCUGUGCUGCUGCGUCUCUCACCCCUCCCAAUGUCAGCGCUGCUUCACUGGAUGGGGACGCCCUGAGACCAAUCCCGGUCCUGACUGCCCCCAACGCUGCCCCCAACUCUGCUCCCAACAACGCUGCCCAGGCCUGCAGACUGGACAAGGACAGCAAGAGGGAAAAGAAGAGUCUAUUGAAGCUGCUGUCUAAUAAGAAGAAGUCCCGGCCCUCCCCUCCCUCGUCGCCCACGCUGGAGGGAGAGCAGGCCGCAGUGGGAGACCUGCUGCAGGGAGCGGUGGGUCCAGACACUACGCCGGUCCCGAGCGGAGCCGUGGAGCCUGAACCUGCUGCCUCCUCUUCCUCCUCUUCCUCCUCAGCCCCAGAAGUGUCCCACAGAAAACCCACCCCACUGGAGGUGUGUGCCCCCAUUGCCCCCCCGCCCCGACAGCCCUGCUCUUCUCUGUCAUCUCAGCAGCACGACGCACGGCCCAUCAUCUGUGAGAGGUACCGCGUGGUGGUGUCGUACCCGCCCCAAAGCGAGGCCGAACUGGAGCUGAAGGAGGGGGACAUCGUGUUCGUGCACCGGAAGCGAGAGGACGGCUGGUUUAAAGGCACUCUGCAGAGGAACGGGAGGACUGGCCUGUUCCCUGGCAGCUUUGUGGACAUCAUCUAAUACUUUAUAUAAUGGGACGAGUACACACACAGGCAUGGGGCAGAGGGAUAAACUUAAGGAGAAAUGUCAUUAUAAUAUGGUAUUGGAAGGUAGUAAGAUCUGGCAGUCUUAUCAAUGCAAAUGCACAAAAUUAAGCUGUCUUUCUUGAAAUAAAAACUCACAGAAAAAAAUUUAUUGGCAUACCAUGAUAGAAUCUUAAUACCUUGGUUAUCUUGACAUUAUUUCCAUUAUUCCUCUUGUCCCAUGCCCAAUCCGGCUCACCCGAAGUCGGACUUUUGCUUGUGAAGAGCCCUCUAGUGGCAUACUAUGAAAUCGCUGCAGAGAAGAACACUUUCUUAUGAAUUAAAGCACAGAUGGAGGAGCGCACACACUACUCUUGAACUUUUUUUUGUCUAUUUAUAUCUUUGUAACAGUUGUUUAAAUGUGUGCCUUUUACUGUCCCUCACUUUAUUGUACAUAAUUAGUCCUAAAUUUUCCAUUAUUGAUACAGACAUAGUAAUACAUCUUAUUAACUUAUUGGAUAGAUCGGCCUUUUUAGUACAUGGGGAUAAGCUGGCAAUGCCUUAUAAGUGCUAUUUUAAUGUGUUUCUGUUGCUGUUAGCAGUGGGAUGCGUCACACAAGAACAAAUGGACAUUACCGUCACUUUUUGUGCCAGUUUUAAAAGGCAUUACUCGCCCCAAGGAUCUACUCUAUCUCUCACGCUAGCUACAAUUCACAGCCACGUGAACAUUGCUCGUCAGAACUAUAUUUACAAACCAUUUCUUCAGCCAGUUGUCUUUCCUUAGAGAUAUGGCAGCAGAUGGGGGAUAAGAACUGUCAUUAUCUCAAAAAGCUGUUGGUUAAUAGAGCUACUUUCAGGAUAUGAAGUUUUCUAAAAUGGAAAAACGUAUUGACACAAACACUCCAAAACUGUGCAGUCAGACAUUGCUUAUUUUGUACAUGGUUUUGUAUUUACUGACCAGAAUAGCUGCUCCUUACGAUUGACUUUAUAAAGAUGAUAAUAUUUCCAGUUUUAAAAGAAUUUUCGAUAUGACCAUUUGUCUAAUAUGCAACACAAACUUCAUCUGUUUUGACCACAUUUGUCCAGCCUUCACUCCCCUCUGCUCCGACACCAUUGGACAAAUUGGGAGACAGAUUUAACUACAGAUUCAAUUAGGGCAGGGAAAUAUGAUAAAAAUAUAAAUCCUACCGUUUUGUCUUAUUAACACACAUACAGUAGAUUUCAGUGUUUAUUUCCUGAACAUUAACAGAUUUAUCAGACUUUUGUCAUUUAAACAAGCAACUUCAGCAUCCAGGAUUCAUAGGACUGAAAUGAGAGCUAUGAAUGUAAUUAUUCUUCAAUUAAGAGAUAUUCUAACAUAUUUAGAUGUGCAUGCAACUAAAUGAUUAUUAACAGAAAAAAGUGGUCAAAUUUGUUCCUGAACUCCAAACCUCAUGCUUUUGCUGACCCAGGAUUGGCUCUAAAACUGAACUCAUCAUUGACAAUUAGAAAUGAAUAAAUUUUAAUUCAAAUUUGAUUAAUCACUCAACUCUAGGUUCAAUGCUCUAAUCAAGUCAUCAAAGUUUGACCCUAUCAGACUUGUUCAGAUCCUUAGAUGUCCUUUUGUCUCAGAUUGCACAGAGCUUUAUAUUAGACAUGUGGUCAUAAUCUUUUGCCUUGUUGGUAUAUUAUUAUCAUAUCAUUAUUUUACACAUCAACAAAUAGUGCUGCUUGUAGACCUACACACAAGACUCUUCUCUCAUUCCUAUUGUGACUAAAGGCAAUAAAAGCUAUUUAAAGCACAUUAUAUUUGCCUAUAGGAACAUAUCACUAUCACUCCAUUGGAAGAGCUGUGUUAAACUCUAAAAAGAAACUUGGACCCCUUUGACUUUGGGUUGUACAUUUUAUUCUAUACAAAGUUUUAAAUGUGUUGUUUAUGACUUGAAUUUGUGUACGUUUUCUUUGUGAUUUGAGGGGUUAUGUAGUCGUGGUGCUUAAAGUUAAAUAAAUAAAUAGCUAGAUUAGAUUAUAUAUUGAGAAAAGUAUAGAAGAUUAAAUUUCUAGAAACACAUUAUGCACAAAUGUUACUUUCAGUUGGCCAAAAUUCAGGCGCAUAUCAAAAGUAGAAUAUUGUGGAAAAUGUCAUUAUUUCAGUCUAAUUCUAAGACAUUCAAACCUGCAUGAGUUUCUGGUUUCCCUUACUACUAAAAUCAUGUACAAUGGCGUCCCUCUGUGGCCAGGACACCCUGAAAGAGAUUCAAAAUCUCAGAGGGAAUAUCCUGGUUGAUAAAAUAUUUAAUUCAAUAUAAAGAUAAAAUCAAAGACCUUCAUUUUUUUUAAUUUUGGGUACAUCUUUAAAACAUCUAGAAAUUAUUUGCAUUUCACUUAAAGUUACUACUGAAUUAAUGUGACUUAUCCACAAUAUUCCAGUUUAUGAACUUAUAAGGAGAGCAUUCCCCUCAAUCAAAACAAUCCUAAUUUGUGCCAAUAUAAACAUUUCAGAUUUGGAGCCUGGAUCAUAAAGCCAGCGUUUCUUUGUUCAAUUAGGGGACCACUGUGUAACUGACUGACUGCUGGACGAUUUUGUGCGUGGCAUUUGGAGCGUGGAUGGUAAAAAUCACUGCUUUUCUAUUUGAAUUUAUUGUUAGAAAUAUUUUGUCGUCUUUCUUGGCAAUCACCACACAACCUCAGGCUCAGACAGUGUCUUUUCAUUUCACUAUGAAGCCUUCGAUUCACAAAAUGCACUACCAUUUCUACUAAGACUGAACUUUUGCAUCUGCUGCACAUUGUACCCGUUUUCAACAGUUUUAAACCAUUUCCUCAUGCCAAGGUGACUUACUUGAUUUUGUUAUGUUGUCGGUGUUUAGUUGUCUAAAAUGGUGAAAUUAUUUGACUUAUUUGGCACAAGUCAUGUGAAAACAUUUUGAAGUAUUUGAGGGAAUAGCACAUUUUGUAAAAUUCUCUAUAACAAUAAAAUCUAAAUGUUUCCAGAAAA